AUGGCGUUCGAGUCGUGGCUGGCCGAGAAGGCGAGAGAAGAGCUGGAGGUUCUGGAAGCCAAACACCCCUCGCGUUUCCACCUUCUCAAGCUCGAGCUCCAAUCCCUUAUCUCCCAUCCCGACUCCUGCGCCCAACUCUUCUUCUGCCCUGCUUCUGCUGCUCGUGACGACGACGAUAAUGCCUUGAGUUUUACCCCAACUUCUACUGCUCCGACACAAGUGUCGUCCAAUAGAAAGAGGAAAAUAAAGUGGAGGGAGGAGGAGCAGGAGGAGGGUCAUCAUCGGAAGAACAAGGAGAUGAAAGCGUCAGCAGCAGCAAGAGUUGGUGAUGGAAGUGGGAAGAAGAGUAGAAGCAGCAGUGUGGAGGCGGCCAUCAGAAGGGCCGAAGCUUGCUUGGAGAUGAUUCGAAAGGUCAAGCAGAACUUGUUUUGUUAG